GCAACGUUGCUUUCGCUGUACUUCAAAUGGCUGAGAAGCAAUCUCAGAGACAGAAGAAUCACAGAAACACAGAGAAACAAACAGAGAGAGAGAAAAGAAAGGAAGAGAAAAGAAGGGAGAUAGAGAGAGAGAUUGACCGCCAUUGAAGCACCUCUUACAAUAAUCACAUAACAAACUCAACAAAAACUUUUCCAUGAACACAUUCCCCAAUACUCAUUCCCAUUUUUUUCAAUUCCCCCAUUUCCUUAACUGAAUGCUUAGCUUCAAAGCCAUCACGCCUCAAAACUCGUCAAAUUAGUCAACUCUGAACGUCCAUUUGACAUAGAAUUCGACGCUUUUUACAGUGUUUUGAUUCGGUUUUCUUAGCUCAAUGGAGCAAGCCACAGGAGUGCUGCGUGGAUCCACUCACGACGACGUCGUAUUAGAGUCAAUUCAAUUCAACGAAGAAAUCCGGGGAAUCAUGGCGCCCGCGCCCGCGCCGGAAAACGCCAGCUCAUUCACCGCGCUGCUCGAGCUACCGCCGACGCAGGCCGUUGAGCUCCUCCAUUCUCCUGAUUGCCCGGCCGCCGCUCGGGAACCGCCGUGCCAUGUUAGCACCAACCAAAAACCCUACCUUCUUUGCUCCUACGGCGGCAAUUUGACCUUCCCUUCCAACGCCGCGCUGAUAGAACGCGCCGCCAAGUUCUCCGUCUUCGCUGGCGAGAACUCGCCGCCGGAGGAUGUGGCGCGCCUGGCUCCAGUAGCUGUAUCCGGCGUGGUGAAGAAUGAGCCGCAGGAAACCGACUCGAACCCCAGCUCCACGCAGGGUUGCGUUUCGGAUCCCGCUGUUGAUACCAAGAAUCAGAAGACCGCGAAGAGGAAGGAGCGAGAGAAGAAGGGUAAGGGCUCGUCGAAGAAGAGCAAGAGCGUCGCCGAUGAGUGUUCCGGCGACGGUGAAAAGCUUCCAUAUGUUCACGUUCGAGUUCGUCGAGGUCAAGCCACGGAUAGCCAUAGCUUAGCAGAAAGGGCAAGGAGAGAGAAGAUAAACGCUCGGAUGAAGCUUUUGCAGGAGCUGGUCCCCGGUUGCAACAAGAUAUCAGGAACGGCCUUGGUUCUGGAUGAAAUUAUCAACCACGUGCAAUCUCUACAGCGUCAAGUGGAGUUCUUAUCAAUGAAAUUAGCAGCCGUUAAUCCAAGAAUUGAUUUCAGCCUAGAUAGCUUGCUGGCUACUGAUGGGUCAUCUGUAAUGGACAGCAACUUAACUAGCAUGGCUUCACCUGUUAUGUGGCCAGAAAACUUAGCCAAUGGUAACAGACAGCAUUUUCAACAACAGUGGCAAUUUGAUGCAUUCCACCAACCACUUUGGGGGAGGGAAGAAGCCAACCAUAAUUUCAUGACUCCAGAACACUCACUUCUGAGUUAUGACUCGUCUGCUAAUUCAGCAUCUCUGCAGUCAAAUCAAUUGAAGAUGGAGCUCUGAGAACGUACAGAAGUUGUGGCACCGUUAGCUAUUAUUAGCCUAGUAGUGUAUAUAUCAAAUAUAGUGUUAGCAGUUAGCAGUGAUUUGAGCGGUUCAACAUUCAGCAAGGUUUCCAUGUCUUCUAUUUAUCAGAGGCAGUUAGAAACCAGAAUUUUCGUCUGCCAGAAAGGAAGAAGAAUUGGUGUGCUAUUCCUUAAUAUAAUUUCUAUUACUAUCUAUAUAUUCUAUACUAACUACAGGGGUCAUUCAGUCUAUAUCAAUUGAUUGAUUGAUUCAGAUUGUAAAAUCAUAGAACGGACUAUUAGUAAUUACUGAACUUUAAUAGGAGUGAGUUGCUUUGUUUCAUUUAAUGCUGCUAAGAUGAUUGGCUCUUUGUUAGAAUUUUGUUGACAAAUCUACUCUAAUUUUGAACUACUUGUGGUGAUUUUUUUUU